AUGAGUGACUUUCCGCCUCAAAGGGAUUCAUUCUUACAUUUGGGGAAACACAAACUCGGCAUAUCUGACAUUCAGCAGGUUGGGAGUAAUAUCCCCUAUAUCAAUUGCAGGCCCCAGCAAGAUAAUUGGAAGGAGGUGCUAAAAAAGGAAAAAAACUGUGGCAACACACUAUUUCUCUUCCUUGAUCUUGAGAAACUAAACAGGCUCCUCACUCCCAGGGCGGAAGUGGGCGGGCCUGCAUUUCCUCUUCUGGGCCGAGGCCUUGGGCUGGCUGAGGGUGACGCCUGCGCACUGGGCGGGGCGCGCCGAGCCCAGGGUGUUCUGGCUGAGGAGCAGCGUAGCUUGCGCAGCACUAGGUCAUCUGCUUCAAGCUGCUUCAGUUGCAACAUCGCCGGACCGAGCCGCUCGCAGGUGCUCGGGACGCAGCGCGGUGGCGAAAGCGAGAUGGAGGCGGAGGGUGCCCAGGGUCCCCGAGAGCGGCGCGGCGAGGCCUUGGCUCAGAGGCCAGAGCAGAACCAUGUGCAGCAGUCCGGGUCCAACGGGCUUCCCAGACACUCCUACUGGCUGGACCUCUGGCUUUUCAUCCUUUUCGACCUGGUGUUGUUUUUCUUCGUGUACCUUAUUCCGUGACUGGUUUGCUGAUAUCCCAGGAAGUUGGCUUCUGGAGUGAAUUCUGAUGACACUGAUGGAUUUUUAAAUAAAGAAGAGAUAAUUGUGUUGCAGAAUUUCAAGAUUCUAAGGGACUGCCAUCACAUUUAACACAUUAACUCAUUGGAAAACAAAAUGAGUAAUGAUCACCCUUGUACAUAGCUAAAUUCUUAAAACUCCAUUGGUUUAUGUAUAAAACCUUUUCAAACAUCUAAUGGCUUUACGGAGACUGGAUACAAAAGUAUUUGUACUUAAAUGUUUAGAAUAUUAAGAAAUAUAUUAAUGUUUUUAAUAUUUUAAGGGUUGGUCAGUUUUUAAUUUGAUACAAAUGAUAUGGUGUAUAACGAGAUGAGAUAAUUGUACAUUGAAAAGUAACUUAUUCUGAAGGGAUUUUUGAGAGAAGGCAUGAAGUGUUUUUAGAUUGCAUAGACUAAA